UUGUUGCUCGCGUAUCAAAGCAAAAAAUCGACCGAGUGACCGCUCGUAUCUCAAAAAACUCGUAUGUUAGGGCACUCGUAUGUCGAGGUACCACUGUACUAAUAUAAAUAAUAUACAUGUUAUAAAUAUGUAAUGGAGACGGAAGAGCUGCUGUGGCGCCCCUUAAUGGGAGAAGCCUAAAGAAGAAGAAGAAGAAUUUUUUUUUUACAUUUUAUUACAUUUACACUCACUAACUGUAAAUAACACGGUUAUAUUUUCAACUAAAAGCUUUUACGUAUGAUACAAAUAUAUAUAUAUACGUAGAUUGUAUAUAUUAUUAUUAUUAUUAUUGAAGUGCGCCGUCUGGCCCUCUAGUGGUUUCUUUGUGCAUUGCAGUAGUCGUUCCGUAAACCGGAAGUCAGUGGUAAAAUACCCGUAUAUAAACUGCCGUGUUUGUGUUGCUGCGGAUGGUUGUGUAGUUGUUGUGCCGAUGGUGUUGUAUUUGCUGCUGAAGAGGUCGUGGUGGUCUUGUAGGUGUGUGGUGUGUAGUGAUGCCCCCUCGGUGCUCGCAGUGUGGAUCAAACAGUGUGGUUGAGGAUGAACUGUACAGUCAGACGCAGUGGGUGUGUCAGGACUGUGGCUCCGUCAUCUCGGAGGGGCUUUUCACCACUGUGCUCAGUGAAGAGAAAUACUCAAAAGCCAUACCUUAUUAUGCCAGCACACAAGUAGCAAAGACGCCAUGUCCCAACCUGAUCAAAGGUCUGGUUCGUGUGCGUGCUCUGUGCCGUAUCCUCCGCUUAUCCAAACGCAUGGAGUCCGACGUGGCCAACUUGUUCGAACGUGCCUAUCAGCACCCGCACUUCCUGAACGGGCAUCUUAUGAAGAAGGAGAUGUUGGGGGGAUCCUGCGUUCUUUCUGUCUGCAGACAGAACAACUGGCCCGUUGCCUUGGGGACCAUCGGCAUGCUGUUAGACGCUGAUCCACCAUCCAUAGGUGCCAUUUAUAACGACCUUAACCAAGCCCUGAACAUCCAAAAUACAACCAGCAGCAGCUUCACCGAGCUCCUGGAGGUCCACUGUCACGAGUUUAAGCUGAGCCCCAGCGACGUGCCCGAUAUCUACGUAGAGUCUGUAGAUCGGUUGGUGCAGAGGAGCACUGCUCUGCUGGAGCUGGCUGCUGAUCUGUGGUUAGUGACCGGACGUCAUCCUCUGCCCCUCCUUACUGCAUGUGUGUAUGUUGCCUGGCAGUCUCUUAAACCCAUGGCUCGUAUGAAAUGCACACUGAAAAAGUUCUGUGAGCUAGCGAAACUGCCUAAUUUGAAGCAGACCGGUGGGAUGAGGCGGGACACGGCGGUGCGGCGCAUCGGCGAGCUCAGGGAGGCGCUGUGUAAACUGGGUCGUGUCCUGCCCUGGCUCAGAGGAGGCGCCGUUGAGCCGCGCUCCAUCUGCACGCUAGUUGAGGAUAUCCUCUCAUACCGCAGAACUCUGAUGCUGCAGGCCAUGAGGAACUCUGAGCUCGACUUGAAAGCUGAGGAACAGAGCACAGCCUCUUGUGAAGAAGUGCACUGGGGUAAAAGAAACCUCUUCGUGCCCCCAUCAGCAAGGAAAGCAAAGCGUCCGAGACUCGACUCACCCGUGCCGAACGUCAACGGAGACGAGAAUAUAUCAGACACGGAGAUAGAAUCGUACAUCCGCUCACCUGAGGAGGUCAAGGUCUUUCUGGAGGUGCAAAAGAAAUUGAAUGAGGACAAGAAAUGAAGAUCAAAGAGAACUUGAAAUGCACUAGUGAUUAAGAAAGUAAACUAUGCACUAUAUGCGCACUAUGUACAGAAAGCUCGGAAUGGCGUGCUAUAAACUUCAGAUGCAUUUCCUCUGCUGAAUAGUGAGAACAGCUGCAGAUUGCACACAGUCAACUGGAAGACAAAUGUAUAUUUUUUUGUAUUUAUAUUACAGCACAUUGUACAGAACAGUGCAUUGUGGGAGUCUUUUGAAUACUAACACACAAGUCCUGCUUUGUACCAAAUCCUCUUAUGUUUGUUUUUUCCUCCUAAAUUCACCCUCAGUGCCUGAAGAACUGCCUGAAACGCUGAAACCGUUUUACCCAGAAGGCAUUGAUAAAACGCAGCAGUUGUGUCAGUAUGGAAAUGACUUCACUUACAUUGUUCAUGCUAUGAAUAUAUAAAAAAUGAUCCAAGGUG